CGGGCGCCCAGACCUGCAGGAGGCGUCGCACGCGCGGCGGGUCUCGGGACCGGGCUCUCUGGCCGGCUCGCCUUGCCCUCCGGUGAUCAUCCGGUUCGGUCCAUAACCCUGCCUUUCUCGGCGGAGACGGGCGCAUCCGAGAGGAGCCCGCGGUGUCGUGUGCGUGUGGAGUAUCUGCAGACAUGACUGCGUGGAGGAGACUCAAGUCGCUGCUCCGGCUCCUGGCGCUGCUGACUCUGUGCGCCGGGCUCCACACUGCAGCUAAGGGGCAGAACUGUGGAGGCUUAGUCCAGGGUCCCAACGGCACCAUCGAGAGCCCAGGGUUUCCGCACGGUUAUCCCAACUAUGCUAACUGCACCUGGAUCAUUAUCACAGGAGAACGCAAUAGGAUACAAUUGUCAUUUCAUACCUUUGCUCUGGAAGAAGAUUUUGAUAUUUUAUCAGUUUACGAUGGACAACCCCAACAAGGGAAUUUAAAAGUGAG